GAUACAUCACAAAUAAUAUUCACACUCUUAACAUUUAAUAUAACAACAAUAUAACUUAAACUUGUAAAUAUUAAAAUAUUAACAUUUUUUCUUUUACCAAAAAAAAAAGAAAAUAUGGUCGUAAAAAACAUUAAAUUAUUAUUUUCAUUUUUAUUAUGUAUGAUUAAUAUUCUUAUCAUACAACCGAGUCUUGCAUCAUGUGAAACAGUAGAUAUAAAGAUUUUCGGUAUUAAAGUCAGUUCAACCGAAGUAGGCGAAUUGACUAAAGGAAAAGAAAUUGGUUAUAUAGUCUUAAACUACAUAUUAAGUGGAUUAUGCGCUCUUGCAAUAGCUUUGGUGGUUUUGUUUUUAUGUUGUAUUUUUAUAUGUUGUACUAGUAAAAGAAGAGAAAAUGAUGAGGAAAGGGGAGUACAUGAUCAUGAAGAUGAUGAUGAAGAUGAAGAUGAUGAUGGUGUAGUAAAUGAUCAAAAUCCAGAUGGGAGAACAGAGAAAAGUUCGAAUGAUGAGAGAAAUAAGAAUGAGGAGGAUGAAAAAUGAAACUAAGAGUUUGAGGGAAAUAAAAGGAAAUUCGAAUAAUGUAAUAAUCUAUCUACAUGCAACAAUUUAUCUUCGUUGUAAUAAUCAUUAAUCACUUCUACUCUUUAUUCUUAGUUCAUUUUUUGUUUUAAUAUUUAAUAUAAAUAUAUAAAUAUAAUAAAUAUAUAGAUAUAAUAAUUUUAUAAUACUAGACAAUAUCAUUGAAUAGAUAUUA